GUUACAUUUUUAAAAGUUUGUUGAUCGUUUUCUUGUGCUAUUUACUGUUAUUUAAUUUAAUGUUAUAUUUAUUAAGAUUUAAUUGAAAUAACAAGUUCUAUAGUUAUUGUUUAGACUGUAUUUCAUUUAUUUGUUGCCGCUAUAAGUGCGUAAUUAAAGUUAGCAAAGUGUUUUGGUGUCAAUGAUGACUUCCGAAACUGAAGCUCUAAAAACAAGUGAAUUUCUCCGGCGUCGAAAAUUGAGACUUCAACAGGUUAGGGAGCAGUCAAAAGAAAUAGCCAAACAUAUCAGACAGCGCGCCAAUGUUGAAAAGUUGCAGAACGUUGACCAUAACAACGCCGAAGCAUUGCUAGAGUGCCACCAGCGGCAGGAGAAGCUCAUCAGACAGUUGGAGCUGCUGUAUGCGGAGGGAGUCACCCACGUUGGGGCUGGACACAGUCAGGCCUCUCAAGUUACAUUAUCUGAUGCACCAGUCAAGGUUGACUUGUCAAAAUUAAGAGCAAAGGAAGCAGCAGAGAAGUUGAGACUAAGAAAACAAAGAAUAUUAGAUGAAAAGAAGAAAUUAUUAGACCGGAAGCUACAGGCCAGGGAAACUGCUAAUGAGAUAAGCCGUGAGAAAACUAAAUCUCUGCCACCUAAACCCUCAGAUAAUGUAAAAGACAAUAUUCCACUAUCUCAAGCAGCCAACAGUGUUCCUGCAUCUUCCACAGAAAACAAACCCAAAGACAGUGGUGACAACCAGAUACCUGGUGGUGGUGAUGCCCCAGUGGUAGCUACCAAGAGUGACAUGGCCACCCAGUGGACGUAUGACCCUCUGCCUAGUGAGUGGGACCCUGCCGUCCUAACUUUAGACUUACCUGAAGAUAACACCGGUGCUAAUGAACCACCUGCAGCUGAUCUCCAACAACCAACUGGCAACAGAAAGAAACUAGAUCUUUUUGCUUGUAGUGAUGAAAUGCCAACAAGCUUAAGACCUGUGACACCAUCAGCCCCACCCCCAAUAGAUCCAGCUGAAAAGACGUCUUUGACCCUAGUGUCAGAAUAUUUACAGCAUAGAGACUUAAAUCUACGUGGGCAAAAUACUAAUAGACCUAGCCGAAAAUCUGACGAUGACUUGCAAAUUAUUAGACAAACUAUAUUACGAACUCGAGCUUCAAAGUCUUCAGGUAAUAGUGUGUGCCAUGUACAUGAUGAGCAAUUGAUACCAGUUCCGUCUUGGCAUGCUGAAUUUUGUGCAUUUUGCACUGAAAACCACACACCUUCAGUGCCCAAUAGUAAAUCAGUGGUAAAUAGAAGUGUUCACAGUGUGAAGAAAGUGGACCAAGAAUACACUCCUAAGCCAGUCCUCACAGGAUCCAGUCCAUUCAGAAGAACUAGGGCUCCCUGGUUGCAGGGUAGAAAUGCAGGAAAAGCAAAUAAAAGUCCCACCAUUCAUAUCCCGGAUAUUAGUAACCUGAACAGGGUUCCUCCAGUGACAGUCUACGACCACACCACGCGCGACACCCAGCACAUCCCCACCAAGCCGCUCGUCAGCCGAGACUCAGCGCCUGACGAUGAUGCAGAUGCGUAUUCACAAGCCAUGAAAGAAUCCUCCACCGCUGAAGUUACUAAAACCCCAAUAGUGAACAAGGCACAGGAGAGAAGAAGCAAAAUAGCUAUGACAAAACAGAAUGUGGAGAAAGAAUACCAACAAACAAUGACCUUUUUGAACUCUUUGGAUAAAGAAAGGCCGCCUAAGUCUACUAAAAUCGCCUUCAUGGACGACCGGCGACAACAAAAGAUGAAUGAAAAUCAUCAGCGAAAAAUGCAACAUGAGUUCCAGAAAAUAGAGCAGGAAUGUAGACAGGAUGGCUUAGUGAGUAGCGGCCGUACAAGCAGGGCGAAAACGCGCGCAAAAUCUAACAGCAACAUUGAACACGAAGACUUUGAGGAGCGAGACUUGGAAUACACCUGGAUGCCGGUCCCGGAGGGCGACGCGGCGCUGGCGGUGCACGCCCUGCCCACCUCCCCGCGCGCCCCCCGCGACCCCCGCGACCCCCGCGCCAAGGGAGUGCAGUUCAGCCGAGUGGACAGCUACCACGAGUACCGCUCGCGACACAAACACACGCCACCCACUAAAGACACCUCCAACAAACCAACACCUAACAUAACCAACGUCACCAUUGAAGAUGAUGACUCAGAUUGUACCGAAAUUUCUUUUAACAGCUCAGUUGAAGAUAAAUCUGUUAGUGAGAAGAGAAGCACAGAUGCUGAAGGGAUUAUAAUAUACAAAAUAAUAGAUAGCAAAGGGAAAGGAAAGAGCAAGGCCAUGAAGAUUAAUAAGGAUGUCGCAGAAAUGUUGAGUUCUUGUAAGAAGAAGUGUAAGCCAAAGCCGAGACAGAAGAGUCAAGGAAGCGCAGCCAUGUCUAUGCAGCAGAUCAGUGAAGGUGUCUACAGAACAGUUAGUGAAAAGGGGUUGUACUGCAAUAUAAGACGUUCAUACACAACUAAGAUUGAGCUCUGGCAUGCCCACGCCCACUCUAAAUCAUUGUGGGAAAACGUAGCUUCCUGUAUGAGCCAUACUGAGGCUACUGCUGAUCGUAAUAAUCAAGCACCCCUAGGAGUUCCAGAACAAAUGCAGUGGAAAUUGGCUACCGACGCGCCGAUGAAACCGUCCGAGGCUCUGCAAGAGCGAAAGUCUUGCGGUUGCGUCAACGUAGAAGAGUCAGAAGUCGCCACCAGGGAGCUGGCGGGCGCGCCGUCGCUGGCCUCCGUCGCCUCCUACGAGACCGCCACUCCCUCCACCCCCCGACCUGACACAGUACCACAGAAGCCCGCCUUCAUGAAACCAAAACCUAAUGAUGUACAGGAAGCCAGCAAUUUCUACAUCGGUGCUUCCGGUCUCCUCCAUAACGAGGAUUACGAAGUAAUCAUACAACUAAGAAAGAAGGGCAUCGGCAAAGAAAGCAAGAAUGUGAAAGAUGUUGGAGCAACUGAACAAAUAAAUAAGAAAGAACAAGAAGAGAAACAAGCAGAUGUGAAAAUAGACGGUAAAAAUAAAAGUAUAGAUGCCUCAAAGAAUACAGGACUCCCUACAAGUAAUAAUGAAGAUAUAAAAGGCAAUUUACAUGACAUGUUAAAUUUACAAUCGGAAACAGCUAAGUUAUUAGACGAAACAGACAAAGCAUCCAAAUCAGCGGGCACUACCGAGACUGUUCAAUCUAAGUCUGUCAGUUGUCUCAUUGAUUCAAAUGAGAAAGCUCAUUCACCUGUAGCAAGUCAUGGAGCAAUGGAAGUGGCUUUGAAACCUUCAAUAUCAACUCAAACGAGCUUCAUGGAGAGUAUCUCCCCGGCGCCGCGACCAGUGUUCCUCCACAUGACCUCGUCUACCUCCACCACCUAUAUGAGCCCUCCUGAUAAAGUGUUGCCCGAGUAUCUAAAAGAUCGUAAAUUGAGAGACCAUAAAAAGCACUCUGAGAAAAAAUCUAGAAAGUGUAAACAUUCGAAGAUUGAAAAUGUGGACCCCAUCGAUUUUUCUGGUGACUGGCUAAAGCAAGAAGGAAAACCGGAGAAACACUGUACCCACCGGCAUAUGGCUACCCCACCGAACACAAGGCGGUCGGGAAGUGUUGACAGUGCUUCAGAGAAAUGCAAUGAACAGACUAAAAAAGAAAAUAAAAAGACCAAAAUAGUUGGUAAACCGAAAACGCAAGUGGUUACGCGAUGUUCCGUAAACAAAAAUCAAUCUAUAAUACAAAACAAAAAGAAAGUGGUUAAAUCUAAGCUCAAUCCUGUUAUCCGUAAUUACGUAAAUAAACUACUGACUUUGAGCAAGGAAGGAUUAAAAGCCAUCGAAGUUGUGAAUCAAGACUGCAGUUCCGUGGCAACCCCCUCAAGCUCAAUCAUUAACAUAGCCUGUAACAUGGAUAGAAAACAUCCACCAGAAAGCACGAAAAUAUCUUUGGAGCAAGUUAAAGAAAUAUUGGCGAAUAAUAUUGUUAACGAUAUGCAGAAUAAAGCUACUAAAAACAGAAUAGCUAAAUAUGUAGUCAACAAGAAAAAACAAACUGUUAAACUUAAAAGCAAUAGAAAGACAAGGACACAUAGACCAAAUUCGCCUUUCUCAAAUGUGCCUAAACUAAAUUUACGUAAUCAGAAUCCUGCAAAAACAGAACCAAAACCUCGAGAACCUCAAGUGUCCAACACACAAGAACGUGAUAGUAGAUCUUCAUCUGAAAGUAAACAUAAACAGUCAAGCAGCACUAGGAAAACCUCUACAAAUACCGCCGAGAGUGCACCAACUGUUCCUAAAUCGACUCCUAUGUCGAAUUACACAUCUACAGAUGAAACCACAUCGACAACGAAUUCAAAGGCUAAAAGUAUUGCCCUCAAAGGUAAAAGUUCCCACAGAGCUCCAAAUGACUCAAAAUAUGUAUCAGGGCCUAAUUCUACAGAUACAUCCUCCAGCACUAACACGCAUCAUCAAGGCUCUGAUAAUACUAACUACAGAAGGCGUGAUAGCUCGAAAAGAUCCACAUCCCGCGAUCUCAUGAAUACUUCCAUUCAGACAGGCAAUAGUAUCGACAGUGACAUAAAUUUUAUUAAAAUGACAGAAACUAAAUUGCAGAAUAUUGAAAAGAUAGCAAAUUUAACUGAGGUAUGCACCCGUCGUUUAUCGAAUCUUGCAAAAGUCUUGGAAAAAGUGAGAGAAAACAAAUCAAACGUGUACAGUCACAUCACUACCAGCUCUUCAUCAUCUGAUGAGCAUAUCUCACAUAAAAAUGUAGUGUUAAAAUCUACAUCUGCUAGUGAAAUAACAGAUAAUGGUAUCGCUGAAACUGAGAAAUCAAUUCAUGAAAAAUCUGCACCUAGCCCUCGAACCAAGGCUGAUGAAGAAGAUAAUAAGAGAUAUGUGGCUUUGCUGCAGGGCAUACCGAAACCGACGGCUCCGUCUACCACUGACGACCAACUUGAAACUGACAAAUAUAAUUACGAUAUCAAGUACAGGGGCAAACCUCCAACUGCAUUGUCACGUAUUCAUCUAAAACAUGGACAGGAAGACAUCAUCCCUCACGAACUAUCAACUGUUAUCGAAGUUGAUUCACCUUUGAGUUCCAAAGUGAGAAGUAAAAAUUUGCUUUAUGACAACAAGUCAAAUACACCAAGUCUACACUCAUCUAAUGAAAGUAUUAAUAAAAUACAUACUAAAGCUUCAGAUAAUAUUCCAUCAACUACAAGCACCACUCAUUCUGUUAAUCCAGACUUGCUACAGACUAAUAAGAAACUCCUGAAAGACUACAAUAAAAACACGCCAAAUAACACAGCCGCCAAAGUAGAAAUGAUGGACCUGAAAAAGUUUAAUGAAAUAAUGUUAAAACCUUUUGUUUCUAUUGAAGAAUUUGCCAAGCAAUGUAACAUCGGCGUAUUUGAUGACGCGUCCAACAUGGAUGAUAUUGCAAAAGAUACAGUAGUAAAUGAUGAUCUCAGUUCCCUACAUUCAGAGGGUAGUUUGCCUGAUGUUAUUGGAGAACUAUUGAAACGCAAUCUGAUUAGCAAACCCUUCGAAUAUGAAAGUGUAUCGAAUUUGAAUUCUACUACAAUAUCAACGGAAUCAUCAUUUUCAGCACUAACACUUUCUAAAAUAAAAAGAGAAAAAAAGAAAGGUAGUGUGAUGUUCUCGAACAAAGAAAAUAUAUCGGAAACCUCGGAUUCGUUAAGCAUGUCGUCUAAUCCUGAUUUAGAGAACGCAUUUAAGAAACUGGGGAUGGGCUGGGCAUCAUCCACUCUGAGGAAGACGAAGGAGAGACUAGCUCUGUCCUCCUCCAGCAACACAUCUAGCCUGGGCAACUCACACCAAUUUAAACCACUAAACGUAGACAAACAGAACCUCAGUUCUAGCAACUUGAAUGUGACCAAGAAACCCCAUGAUCGCUCCAAAAGUGUCCAACAGCAGACAUCUCAACUGAACUCUAUGACGGUCAAAGAGUUUCUAGAUAAAGAGCUUGCCGACAAAAUAACAUUCAGUAAAUCUUACAGAAAUGAGACAGAACCGGAGUUUAUGUCGCUUUAUGAAACUAAACUGCCUGAUGAAUUGAAGAAUGCCUCUAACAUAGUAAGAGAAGAGCGUUCUAUCGACAGUUUGUCGAACGCCAACAGAGCGAGGACUUCCACUCCGGUGCAGCUGUACAAGUCUGCUGCCUACCACUCCAGCUCUAGCUCCAACAACAACACUAACGGACUAUUUGGCAAUGGCGACGACUUGUCAUCAGUGAAAGUGACCUCGGGCUCCGCCAGGAAUCACUCCACGUCAGACAAGGACGACCUGACUAUACCAAACUAUAGUCUCAGAAUCAGAAGAGAAGCCUCAGACAAGAGUAAAAGUGAUUAAUGUUUUUUUAAUGUAUAAAUUGAAUGUGGUUGAAGUUGAAACAUUCCAUUUUAUGAAUUUGUCCAAACUGCAUGAAGUUAUUUUUAAAUUAGUACCUAUAUGAAAUGUCUAUUGGAUUAUAAUAAAACAUAUUGGAUAAAU